AUGUCAGCGUCACCGAUGCUUCAACACAUGUACAGUUUAGACGAGAGCAGUCUGAUGGGUGUAUCCCAUAGUCCAUACCGACAACAACGAAAACGGCGUGCUGGAAUCUCCGGGGCCACGACAAGUGUCCAAAGAGACGGUCCGUUCGCAUGUGCUGGGGGUACUGGGUACAGUAGUGCAGGUUUUUCAAAUGGUCGAGGGUUUCCACCACUGGGAGGAAGAUCUCCACAAUCUUCAUUUGAUUCGAAUCAAGAUGUUGCACAGAUAUCCAUGAAUUGGAUGAGAAUGAACGGACUUGGUCCAUCGCUUCGACCGUUUUUGAAUGGAGGAAAUCACACUCCAAAGAAAACAAUAAUCCAUAAUUCCCAAUCAACUACUCAAAUCUCUCGGCUGGGAUCACUUCGUCGGAUGCAUGCAGCAGAAGCAAGUAUUGAUGGAAAAUUGUCAUUAAGUGGAACACAAGCUGAUGUGACAGCUGUCUGUGCAACAGCCGUUCACUCUUCUUCUUUUUACACGCCCAAGAUUAUUACGUCUAAAUUCAUAAUUCUGUUCGAACUGUCACCCAGUCUCUUUUCCCCACCACCACCAACAACAAGAUCUUCAAGCCCAUCCCCAGCCAUUCCGCUGCGUUCGACUCAUUCAUCAGCGAGUCUUCUAACUCGACCGAUUCAUGAAACAAUGCUGGGAUCUCCAGUAACUGACAAUCCCGAUGAUCCACUAUUAAACGGAGGAAGCUCUUCUGCUCCUAAAUCGAUUCUCAGAGCUCCACGCUUGACUUCUGCUCCCAAACAGUUGUCAUUCGAUGUUCCUGCAAGUCCAACACCUACUGCAAAGAGUUCUUGUGUCUCCACGUCGGGAAGUUAUCACAUGUUCGAAAGACCGAACAGACUGAGAGCAGGGAAAUUCAGUUAUGGAGGAUUAACAAGUAAUCACAAUCAUCACCAGGGUCAUAUAUCUCUCACCUCAAAUGGAACACCAGUCUUUUCUUACAACUGUGGCCCUGGAGGGUCAUGUAAUCCAUCGCCAUGUUCAAUGUCUCCAUUGGGAACUAUCCGACGGGAUCCUUCGAAGUGGAGGCUUUCCGACUUGAAGCAGCGGUCGAAUUCUGAGUCGAUGUUCCGAAAUUUUGAUCCAGAAAUGUUGGCAGAUGGUGGAAGAAGAAUGAGUAUGGCUUAUUUACCAUCACGAGAACAAGCCCUUCUUCGUCGAAUUCUCGGACCUCAAGGACUCUCUUGGAUUUCUCAUGACAGAGAAACCGCAUCGAGAAAAUCAGUUUCGAUUGCUUAUUCAAAUGAUCUAGAAGCCGGAAAAGGAGGAGGAACAGGAGAUGAUUCCACGACUCCAUUGAUGGAUGAGAAAGAUGAGAAUAGUGGCGGUCGUCUGAUUCGUCGUGAGCAUCUUCAUGAGAAACGACGAUCGGUAUCCGAUAAAGCGUUGGCGUUUGCAGUUAUAGGCAUAAUACUUAUGAUCAUCGAAAACGAGCUACGAACUGGACUUCUCAUUCGACCAGGAUCGUUUCUUAGCCAAACUUUGAAGCUUUCGAUUUUAGCAACUACAGCAAUUCUUUUGAGUUUUGUCGGAUAUUUCCAUGUGAUUGAGAUUCAGCUCUUCAUGAAUGCUAAUGCCGCAGAAGAUUGGAUGGUUGCACUAUCAUUCCGAAGAAUCUAUCAAAUAUGUCUGGAAUUAUUCAUCUGCAUGUUGUGUCCCAUUCCCAUUGAGUUCAUUGGCCCAUUUGUCGGUGAAAAAGUUCAAGAUCGAAGCCUUUAUGCGGUCAAUGUUCUUCUCUCCAUCAUGAUGUUCUUCCGAUUGUAUUGGCUCUGUCGAGUCAUGCUUCUCCAUUCAAGGCUCUUCACUGAUGCCAGCAGUCGUAGUAUCGCUGGUCUUAAUCGCGUCAACUUCAAUGCUCGGUUCAUUCUGAAGACCCUAAUGACAAUGUGUCCAGGAACAAUGCUUAUGAUUUUCACUGCUUUUCUCUGGAUGGUUGCCGGAUGGAUUCUUCGUCUGUGUGAAAGAGAUUCGUUGGAAAAAGUGGAUCCUCUAAAAGAGUUCAACUAUAUCAAUUCAAUUUGGCUCGUAGCAAUCACUUUCCUGUCUGUUGGAUACGGAGAUAUCGUUCCGAAAACCUAUUGUGGAAGAAGUAUGGCAGUGGUAACUGGAAUUCUGGGUACUUGUGCCUCUUCGAUGGUUGUGGCUGUGAUUGCAAGGAAAUUGGAACUGACCAGAGCUGAGAAGCAUGUUCAUAACUUCAUGCAGGACACUCAACUUACCAGACAACUGAAACACUCUGCUGCAAAUGUGCUCCGAGAGACUUGGUUCAUCUAUAAAUACAGAAAGCUGAUCGAGAAACCAGAUCAUUCUAAAAUUCGAAAGCACACACGGAAAUUCCUUCUUGCUAUCUAUGAAAUGCGUCGCGUUCGCAGAGAUCAGAGAAAGCUAGCUGAGAAUCUGGUGUCUCUUGGUGAUGUGGCGAAGACAUCGUCAAAUACAUAUGAGUUGGUUCAUGAUGUUCAUUCAACACAGGAGGGUCUUUCCCUUCGUAUAACUGCAAUUGAGCAUCAAUUGAGUGACAUCUCAAGAGAGUUAUCUUCUCUUGCAGAACUGCUCAGAGGUAGCGUGCUCGUCACGUCG